AAUAAAAUUAUUCAAAAAAAAUUUUGUUUAUUGAUUAAAAUUUUUAUAAUAUUUGAAAGAAAUAUUGUUCUAAAAAGUUUUAACAUGAGUGCUGUGUAUUGGGAAAAAUAGGGAAAUGAUUUAUUAUGCGGAGUACAUUGUCUUAAUUCCUUACUUCAAGGACCUUUUUUUAAUGAAAUUGAUUUGGCUUUAUAUGCUCAGGAAUUAGAUAAAUAAGAAAAAAUCCUUUUAGAAUAAGGAGGAACAGAUUCUAAAGAUUUUUUAGAAUUUGUGGCAGGUGAUUCUCAUAAUGUUGAGGAUGGAGGAAAUUAUUCUAUCUAGGUAUUAGAAAGAGCCCUAAAAAGAUAUAACUUGAAAUGUAAAAAUGUAAACGCUGAUGAAUUAAUAGAUAAAGAUUUAAGUAAUUAGACUGGAUUUAUUUGUCAUAGAUCUCUACAUUGGUAUGCGAUCAGAAAAGUAGAUGGAGUUUGGUAUGACUUAAAUUCUUUGUAUAAAACUGGGCCAAGACACAUAAGUGACUUUUAUCUGAGUGCUUUACUCAUAUAGUUUUAAGAAUAAGGAUAGAAUAUAUUUUUAGUUUCAGGUGAUUAUCCCAAUAAUUAAAAGGUUUUGGAUAACGCUGAGUUUGAAAAACACUAGCUUCUUAUUCUAAAUGAGGAUAUUUAACCUUAUAAAAAUCUUAAAAAAAAAAAUAAUAUUCAAAGUAAUAAAAAAAAAGACAACUAAAUGGAUGAAGAAUGGGAUGAAUAUGAAGAUUUUUCAAAUUAUGAUUAAUAAAAGUCGUAUAAUUUAAGGAAUAAAAGCUAAAAUAAAUAAGUUAAUUAAUCGAAAUAUUAAGAUGAAGAUAUUAAGGGAUAUCAAAAAUAAUUUGAUGAAAUGAGUUAAAAAAAAAAAUAUCAUGAAAAUUAACAAAACAAAAUGGUAGAUGAGCAAAAACAAAAUUAAACUUUAAGCUUUUAUUAAAAAAUUUAGUUAAUAAAUAACAAAUAUAAAUAAAAAGUUGAAAAAAUUGAUAAUAAUUAAUCUAAUUAAAAUAGUUUUUAUAAAAAACUAAGUAAAUAGCAGAAUCAAAAUAGCUUAUUAAAUGAUUAAAGUAAAUAAGUUAACAUUGGUUUUUAAGAAAGCAAAAAAAUAGAUAAUCAUAUAAAUAAUAAAGAUUAUAAUCAAAAAAAUUAGAAUUCAAUGAGUGAUUUGAUAGAAAUUUAGUAAGAGUAAAUUGCUUUGACUAUUUGGAUUGAUUCUCAAAUUAGAUAUACAGAGAAUUUUCAUCUUUUUGAAACUAUAGAAGAUAUACAUACUUUUAUCAAAUAAAAGCAAAGAGAUUUAAGCCAUAAGAAAUUUAUUCUUUAUACUAAUGUUCCAGAUAAAAUGUUUUUUAAUAAUAAAGAAAAAUUUAUUUCCGACUAUGGAUUGUAUAGUGGCCAAGUUUUACACAUAAAGCUUGUCUGA